CUUCUGUGAUAUGAUUAUACGACUAAUCAAUGGAAUUUAUUUUACACUAUAUGCUGUAGCUAUUACUAUAUAAGUCUAUCACACUGUUGUACUCGUAGCGGAUUUGUUUCUGGUGGUAGCUAAGAAAACAACAUCCCUUUGAGUCUUAAGAAUAACUAGCUACAGUAGCUAGCUUGACUGCUUUGACGCAAGCCAUUGCACCGUCGCUGUCCUGGGUGCUGAAAUCGUGGUUCUUCAUUUGUGUCUUGCCUGUCAGCUACAGUUUAAGCUUUAUUUGAAAACGCGGCUCUGACAGGCUGAGGUGAUAACAUCGAAAGCGGUCUACAUGCAACAUCAGCCUAGCAGGUUUGUGGAGUGUUAAUCCAGUAGAUGCCACCUUGGCGACAGGGGUCAACAGCAUGAACCAGCAGUAAUAUCUGGAGUGCAGAGAGCAACGGAAGACAAAAGGAUACUUUGUUUACAGGACCUACAUUUUUCAAUAGAACACCGUGGUUUGAGACCCCCCAUCUGUCACCAUGACAUCCUCUAUGCUGCGUCGCCAACUGAAGAACUUGGUCCAGAACUUCUCUGAGGCCGAAGUCAAGGUGAGGGAGGCUACCUCCAACGACCCCUGGGGCCCCUCCAGCUCCCAGAUGGCGGACAUCUCUGACCUCACCUACAAUGUGGUGGCCUGCAACGAAAUCAUGACCAUGCUGUGGAAACGCCUCAAAGACGACAAGAACUGGAGACACGUCCAUAAGUCCCUGACUCUGCUGGAGUACUUGCUGAAGACGGGCUCGGACCGCGUGCUGCUGAAGUUGACAGACAACGUCUACAUUGUAAAAGCCCUCACUGAGUUCCGAUUCACAGACAAGGACGGGAAAGACCAGGGUGUGAAUGUGAGGGAGAAGGCCAAGGUGGUGCUGGCUCUGAUGGAGGAUGAAGAGAAGUUGAAGGAAGAGAGGGAAUCUGCGCUCAAGACCAGAGAGAAGACCUCAAAGAACGCAGCGGCCUCGUCGACCGAUCCAAUACAGGACCCCAACUACAAGCCUGUGUACGUCCCCGGGGCGUCUGGCCUGCCCUCUUUGGACAACAUUCCGUCGGUGGCCGACCUUGCCGCCAGCUUUGCCGCCAAGAAAGAGGCGCAGCGAAAAGCGGAGUUUGAGAAGAAGGAGGCGGAACGCAGGGGCAAGAUGACUGAGGACGAGCUGCAGUGGGAGGAUGCAGCCAAGGAAGAGAAGCCCAAGGCAGCAGAGGCCUGGGGAGGGCAGUCUGAAGAGGAGAAGCCGGAGAGCAAAGACCCUUGGGGAGCUCCGAGCAAAGAGCCUACGGAGAGUCCCGAUCUGUGGGGCGCACCAUCUGAACCAGCCUCUGAGGACGCCUGGGGUGCACCUUCCAAACCAACUUCGGAAGAUGCCUGGGGAGCACCAUCCAACGCCAAAGCUGAUGGUCCUGAUCCGUUUGCAGCGCCGAAAGAUGAUUCAUAUCCAUUUACAGCGCUGAAAGAUGAUUCGGAUCCCUUUUCAGCCCCUAAAGAUGACCCAUUUUCAACACCAAAAGAUGGUCCAGAUCCUUUCUCUUCACGAAAAGAUGGUUCAGAUCCCUUUUCAGCUCCAAAAGAUGACCCGUUCUCUGCGCCAGUACAGAAAAAUGGUUUGGAUCCCUUUUCAGCUCCAAAAGAUGACCCCUUUUCAGCACCAGCACCGAAAAAUGGUUCAGAUCCCUUCUCAACCCCGAAAGACGAUCCCUUUUCAGCACCCGUGCAAAAAGACGGGUCGGAUCCCUUUACAGCAUCUAAAGACGAUCCAUAUACUGCUCCGUCCAAAGCUCCUAAAGACAGCGGUGCAGAUCCCUUCGCAGCACCACCCAGCCCGCCCAAAAAUGAGACCGAUCCAUUUGCAGCCCCGUCCAGUCCUCCGACCGCCGAUGCGUGGGGCGCGCCCGCCGAUGCCUCCGACCUCUGGGGGGUUCAGUCUGAGCCUCUGCCAGAGAAGAAGGCUGAUCCUUGGGAUGCUUCCCCCACUGCCGACCUCUUCGGAGAUAACUCAAAGCCAGAUGAUGACCCUUGGGGAGCUCCAGCCGUGCCUCCCAGUGGUGACACGUGGGGCUCAGCAGCGCCCCCUGCAGAGACAUCCCCCUCAGACGACCCCUGGGGAGACGGGGGGACCACCACCACAAACGCUGCCGCCUCAGACCCAUGGGGGACGCCUAUUAAUGGCACAGAUGGAGUAGUGUUGGAGGAGGAGCCUAACAAGCCUGAGUCGUUCCUCGGAGCAGGGGCGUCGCUGGUGGACAUGGACUCUCUCCUCUCCUCCAAACCCAAACCCAAACAGCCCCCUCUGAAUGCCCUCGCCUCGCAGAAAUCAACAGAGGGCGCUUUACGAGGCCCAGGCAUGGCUGGUCCCAUGGGCAGAACCAUAUCCAUUACAGGGGUGUCUCCUACUACAUUCCCCCUACAAUCACCUCCCAGCCCUUUUGGUUCUACCCCUGAGUUUUAUGGUAUUAAACCUGGUCCCUGUUUUGAACCACCCAAUCCCAUGCUGAGGCCUACCUUCUCUCAGCUAAUGCCCCACCCCUUUGGAGUUCCCCAACCUAACCUCCCUAUGCCCCCCAUGGGACCUCAGAUGGCUCCCACCUACUUUGGAGCCGGAGUGGUACAGCCCAGUCAGGUUGGGGGGGUUCCUCAGGUUGGACACUUGGGAGCUUCCACUCCUCCAGUAGGAGGGGGAGUUCCUUUGCAGCCCCACCUGGUUUUUGGCUCAGGGUUGAGUCAACCUACUCAAAAUAAUAGCAACCACUUCCUGUUUUGAGAACUUCUGUGUACAACUAGAACCUGCCCUGCUUGCCUCCCUUUUACAAUAUGUACACCUAUCAAUCUAGUGUAACAUGUCUGGUUUAAGUGUAUGCAACAAACAUGUAAGAUGAAAAAAAACCCGAUGAGAGAAUAGAUUUUUUUUCUGAAGAAAAUAACCCAUUACAGCUUGGUUUUGUUGAUUUUUGUUGAUUUUUUUUGUGUUUUUUUCUUGAUGACUUGAUGGUGCGCCUGGGAACCAAAGUGUCUGCUGGAGCCAGUUAGUGUGUCGAUCUGUUCCUCACUCAGGACAGUAGUUUAAGAGAGAUGAAAGGUGAACAUGACCGACCGACCAGGUUAGAAUUAGCCAACCAGGGUCAAGGUGGAGGUGGGAUAGCAAUAUUGCAGGAAAUGUGUGUUUGUGCUCUUUUUGUUACUAUGAUGGAAGUAUUAUAACAGUAUGACAAUACAGUUGAUGGUACGGCUACUAUUUAUUGAUACAUUUAUUUAUUAUUAGUUUGUAAAUUCAUAUUUAUAUAUGUAUGUAUUCAAGGUUUGCACACAAGGAUAUAGUUGGUUGUCUUAGUUCAUCUCAAAUCAAGAUUGGAUUAAUCUUUACAACAUGAUUAUCAUAUUUGACAUAAUUAUCAUUAUAUUAUGAUUGUGAUAUCAUAAUUGUAAUUACAUUAUCAGCCAACAAACAACCAAUGGUGGCUUUAUCCUCCUUUUUGCUUAAUUUUGUAUACACUAUCAGUUCUUGUCCCUUAAAAGGCAGGCACAUUCUUGAUUGAAAAUGUAAUUAUUUUUUCCAUAUGCAUGCGUUCUGAAUGGAUCAUAUUCUGUGUUUAUGAAGUAUCAUAGUGCGAGGUCUUAACGGUUUCAUCAGAGACUAUCAAAGAAGCAGCACUCUAUCGUUUGGCGUUUGUGGAACUGGAUGUGUUCAUGUCGACCAGAAGUGGUGUUUUGCAUACUGUAUUUCUGCAUCCCCUCCUCAGCCUCAAACACAGGGCAGAUACAGUUAUUGCGAAGCGAACCGAGAAAUGAAGUGGAAUGCACAAGUUUAAUUUAUCUGAAUUAUAGUGUACAUGGAUUACUAGAAUAUUAUUGGUUAUCAUAGCUAUUAUACUAUGAUUUCAUUUUGUAUGAAAUAAAGAUGAUUUAUUUUAUUGUGUAAAAGUUAAGGCUGUGUUGUGAACUGUGACAGUACACAUUUGAGAAAUAAAACUAUUCAAUACCUGA